CAACGAAAUCAUUUUAUGCGUCUUUUUCCACACAAAUACGCACAGUAGUAUAUAUCGAAUCCAUGGCUCGUUUCCUCUCGCAAACCCUAAUUCGAACGUUAUCACCCUCAUCGAAUUCAUUGCAGACGUUCAAAUUAGGGAUAUCACAGCGGAGUCGGUUCUCCAGCCGGUCGGGAAAAGCGCAAAUGAUCGAAGUCGACCUUGAAUCGGAAGGAGAUGCAGAGGUUCUAGGGUUAAGAAAGCUUGAUGACGUUAUCCACAAUCUCAUCGUGAGGCAAUCGGCUCCGGAUUGGCUCCCUUUCAUUCCCGGUUCAUCAUACUGGGUCCCACCUCGUCGCCACCGACCGGAAUCUCACGACCUCUUCGAAGUCCUGAAUCAAAUUACCAAUCCAUUGACCGAGGACGAAUCUAUGUCCCUUAGUACGUCGCGUGGUUGGCCUUCGUCAGCUUAUUUCAUUGAAGGUACUUCCCCUACGCAUCCCGUGGAGGUGAAAAUUCAAAACAAUCAGGAGAAUAGUAUGCCUGUGUCUGGGCCCACAGAAGAGGAAGGAUGAACUCUCACAUCACAUUUCACAGCUACCACAAGUGAAAACAUUCAAAAUUAUUUACAAUUUGAUUUCAUGAUUGUUAAGUUAAAAGAGUUUUGAUGGUUUCACUAGCUUCCUACUGUAGACUGUAGAUAUAUAUAUUUGUAUUUUAUUUUUUUUAUAUAGAAAGGUAGAAGCCAAGCCAUGUGUUGACUGUUGAAGACUUGAAGUUGAAGAAAGUCAACGCCAUCUUGUUUGUUUGUACAGAAUUUCGUGCUUGUUUUCAUGUCGAAUUCCCUACCACAGUAUAAGCUUACUUAAUAUAUUAAUAAUUUAAACUGU